AUGUCUCUCAACCCAAAUUAUCUAAAACAAAAUGAACUCGCUUAUGAGAUUGCGAUUCGAGGUAUUGAGAUCCCGUCAUCAGUGGAUGACAAACGUAAAAUUUUGAGAGGUUUACUUUCACAAGAAUCCUCAGAUCGUAGUUUCACUGUCUUGUCUGAUCCUUUUUCCUUCAAAGAAAAUGUUGAAGGCAUUAAAGAGAGUUUAACAGAUUUGAAGGAGAUUUGCGCUAAGUUCAAUUCAAAUUCUCCUCAAAUUGAUCACAAACGUAUACUCACUCGUUUAACUCAUGUAACUGGUAGAAUUCAACGGCUAUCGGUUGAUAAAGAUGAUGAAUCUGCUAUCAGACAGAAUCUUUAUAAAGAAGUCCUUAUGUUGGAGUCUGAUAUAGCAGAAAAGGUGUCCCCUUCUGAAGCUCAUUUUCCUUCUACCUCAACACCUGUGAAGUCUGCAGGUUUGCAUCAUCCUCUGUCUCCUGUCAACGCUCCAACUAAUUCUAAAUGUAUACCUGUUUAUAAGUGGGGUUUAAAAAAGUUUUCGGGAAAGGAACCAUUAAUUCCAUUCUUGGAGUUGGUUGAGUCCCUUAAGGUUUCUAGAGGUUGUACAGAUUCGGACCUAUUCGACUCUGCUGGGGAUUUGUUUGAAAAUGAUGCGUGGACUUGGUGGCAUAACAACCACAUCAAGAAUCGUUUCCUGAACUGGAACGAACUCGUUGAUGCCCUGAAAUCCACAUUUUUGCAUAGUAAUUAUGACUCAAUGUUAUUGCAGGAUAUCAAAUCUCGUAAGCAGAAUCCUCGAGAGUCAGUUGCGCUGUAUAUCACUUUUAUGGAGGCACAAUUUUAUAGAUUAAAUAAAUGUCCUUCAGAGAUUGAAAUGGUUAAUAUUAUAAGGAAUAAUUUACUUCCUGACUAUGUAAAAGCCCUUGUUUUACAGGAUAUUGCAUCAGUAUCUCAGCUGACAUCUCUUUGUAGGAGAGUUGAGGAUGCUCUCUGUUUAAGCGUUUCAAAUCAGUUGGGAGAGCUCCAGGUGUCUGAAACUCGAUCUAAUGUCAGAUGUUGGAACUGUGAGGAACGUUAUCAGGUCCAACUGUCCUCGGUGUUCAAAAAACGAACAGAGGGUCCACAAUCCCGCAGGUAUUGGAGGCCCCUCAAGUCAAAAACCUGCUCCAAAACCGAAACAGAAAUCGAAUCAGAAGAAGAAUUAAUUUCUUCGUCACCCAUAGUUAUGGAGAACUCCGAUUUAUCUGUUCCUGAAGCGGUAAGAAAGGUUAAAAAGAACCAUAGUGUCUUGAGAGAGACCAAUCCCUUAUUAGAACUUCGUCAGAAGGACAAUCGUCCUUAUCUAACAGUUCAGGUAGGAGGUGAGCUUAUAUCUUCCUUGGUAGAUAGUGGUAGCAACGUCACAAUUUUAGGUUCUUCUUCUAUUCACCUUUUACGGAAGAUGAAUCUAGGCCUCCACUACGACGUAUCGGUUAACCUUACAACGGCCGAUGGAAAGCCUCAGAAUACUUUGGGGUAUGUCAACCUUCCCAUAAGUUUGAACGAGGUGACCAAGGUACUCAGGGUACUUGUCGUACCCUCAAUAACUCACGACCUUAUUUUGGGUAUGGAUUUCAUACAUGAUUUUAAUCUGACUCUUGAUUUCAGAGAUUUUUCCUAUGGUUCCUCUUGUUUGUCUUCGGAUAACUCUGUAGCUGUGGUUCGAGCUAUACUCGGAUCUGAUUCAUUGACAGAGCCUCAAAAGUACGAAUUGGACUUCGUUAUAGAUUUAUUUAAACAAAUUGCGCCCUCUGAUAGAUUAGGUAGGACUCAUUUGUAUCGGCAUCAUAUCGAUACAGGAGAUGCCAAGCCAGUUAGACAAAGACAGUAUCCACUUUCUCCAGCAAUGCAGAAAGUUUUGAAUGUGGAAAUUGAUAAGAUGUUGGAGCUCAACAUUAUCAAACCUAUCUCCGGGUGUAGCCCAUGGUUGUCUCCACUUUGGUUGGUCCCCAAGAAGGAUGGUACACACAGGGUUGUAUUUGAUGCCAGGAAGUUGAAUUCCAUCACCCUACCUGACAGUUAUCCUAUGCCUCCAAUUGAUUCUGUUCUGAGUAAGGCAGAGGCUUGUUCUGUUUCAAUGUAUUACCGUUUGGUUUAAAUUGUGCUUGUCAAGCAAUGGUGAGACUUAUGGAUAUGGUCAUUGGACCUUCUUUGGAGCCCUAUGUAUUCUAUUAUGUCGAUGACAUAAUCGUUUGUACCCCUACUUUUGAAAUGCAUCUCGCUGUCCUCAGAAAACUAUUUCACUGUCUAAAAGAGGCAAAUUUGACAAUAAACUUUGAUAAAUGUAAGUUUUGUAGACCCUCAUUAAAUUUUUUGGGAUUUGUUGUAGAUGAGAAUGGUCUAAGAACGGAUCCAUCUAAAGUUCAAGAUAUUUUGGAUUAUCCCAUUCCCAAAAAUACCACACAAAUUCGUCGGUUGAUUGGUUUAAUCGGUUAUUAUCGCAGAUUUUUAAGAGAUUUUGCUUCAGUGUGUAGUCCAAUAACUGAUUUAUUAAAGGGUAGGAAGG